UCUCCCCUCCUUCCCACUUCUUUCCCCUCAUCAAGCGACUGCCCAUCAGACCAAGCUAAUAUAUAUAACUUCUCUCUCACUUACAUCACUCACUUCUCUCUCUCUCUCUCUCCCUCUCUCCCUCUCUCUCUAAUGGCUCUUGAAGCUCUCAAUUCUCCUUCCUCAGCAGGUCCUCUCUUGCACCAUGAAGACAUGGUUGAUCACCAAACAUGGACCAAGAGGAAGCGAACGAAGCGGUCUCAUCUUGACACCGAUAUGCCCCCAUCCGAAGAAGAAUACCUCGCUCUUUGCCUCCUCAUGCUCGCCCAAGGCGGUGGAAGAGGCAGGCCAGUUACGACUCAUCGCCCAUCUCUGUCUCCACCGCCACCUUCCGCCACCAAUAACGGUUACAAGUGCUCCGUCUGCCACCGAGAAUUCCACUCUUACCAAGCUCUAGGGGGACACAAGUCCAGCCACAAGAAUAAGGCUGUGAUGGAAGACCACCAAUCUCCAGGCACCACCGCCCCUGGCCCAGCCACCUCCUCUCACAACAACUCUGCGACAAAGAAACUGGGUUCGAUGAAUUCGAUGAGCAAUAGUACUAGGACACACCAGUGUUCGGUUUGUCUCAAGACUUUCGCUUCGGGCCAGGCCCUAGGUGGCCACAAGCGCCGCCACUUCGAGGGCGGCAGUGCGGGCGGUGGAACUGGCAGCAGUUUGAUGCCACUGACUGAAGACGUGGAUUCAGGCCACAGCCAUCACCAUGGUUUUGACUUGAACUUGCCUGCUUCCUCGGAGCACUCACAAGAAGCGAAUGACGUUGACUUCGUUAGGAAAAGUCAACUUUCCGGUGACGAAGAUGUCGUCGAGAGCGACUGCCGGUGAUCACCGAUGCCCAGAGGAAUGAUCUAUUCUUGCAGUUAGAUGAUCGAGAUUAGUUGUGGAGAGACUUGGCACUGGACUUUUUCUUUUUUGGGCUAUAAGACUUCUCAUUAAAUCUUUAGUUUGUUUGAUCAGGUCGUGUGUUUCCAUUAAUCAUUGGUCCAUAAUUUGUCUGUACAGAUAAGUAUCGAUUUUUGUUUAAUUAUGAACUACAGUUCAUCAAGUUGGCGACAGACAAAUAUCGAUUUUUGUUUAAUCGUGAACUACAAUUCAUCAAGUUGGCAAUAUAGAAAGAUUUGGAUCCAUUGAUAUC